UUGUGUGUAUAUCAUUUUCUGAUGAAUAAAUUGAUGGGCUACUGAAAAUAUGCAUACAUGAUUGUUUAACGAAUGCACUUAUGCCCCCGCAGAGUACGAGGUUUUUAAGAAAUGCCUCAAAGCUUGCGCCUUUAGUACCAUUUGUUGCUGAUUCUUAGGGAAACUAAGCUGUUAGCCUGUUUGUCGUGCAUUUUUUUCUCUGGAUAUUUUAUUACUGUCCUUCGCCUUAUGGACUAUCUUUUAUAACCUGGAACAUUUUAUGUGUUUUCCUACUUUCAUUUUCUGCCAUUAUGAGGACGGUAAAAGAAAGGAGAAGCCUCCAUUGCAAGUGGAGUACGAUGACAGUUAGUGUGAAAAAUUUGAUCGUUUGGAAGAUAAUAGCAAAUCAAAGAGAAGUCCGAUGCAACUGAGAGUAAAGCUUCUACUGGGGCAACCUCUGUGGAAACACAAUCAGGGGAGAGAAGAUCAACCCCAUCAUCAAUUUCUGGGAUGCCUAAUCCCUUUGAUUUCUCAGCUAUGACUGGAUUACUCAAUGAUCCAAGCAUCAAGGAAUUAGCUGAACAGAUAGCAAAAGAUCCUUCAUUUAAUCAGAUGGCAGAACAACUUCAAAAAACCUUUCAAGGCGCCGCAGUUGAAGAUGGCAUCCCUAACUUUGAUACACAACAAUACCAUUCCACAAUGCAACAGGUUAUGCAAAAUCCUCAAUUUAUGACCAUGGCUGAGCAGCUUGGUAACACAUUAAUGCAGGAUCCAUCCAUGUCUAGCAUGAUGGAGAGUUUGACAAAUCCAGCUCAUAAAGAUCAGCUUGAAGAAAGAAUGGCGCACACAAAAGAAUAUACAUCGUUGAAACCUAUUUUGGAAGAGAUGAAGAAUGGUGGUCCAGCUGCUAUGAGGAGGGACUGGAAAACUGGCACUUCUGCUGAAGAAGCUGCUGGAGAAGAUGUAACAGAGGAAGUAAAUGAAGAUGAAUCCAUUGUUCAUCAAACUGCUAGCAUUGGUGAUGAGAAGGGCUUGAAGGAAGCGCUAGCAGAUGGUGCUGAUAAAGACGAAGAAGAUUCUGAGGGAAGGACAGCAUUACAUUUUGCAUGUGGAUAUGGUGAGUUCAAUUGUGCUCAAGUUCUUCUGGAGGCCGGUGCUAAGGUGGAUGCUUUGGAUAAGAAUAAAAACACUCCUCUCCAUUAUGCUGCUGGAUACGGCAAGAAAGACUGUGUUGAGCUACUUUUGAAGAAUGCCGCUUCUGUCACUCUUCAGAAUUUGGACGGCAAGACACCCAUUGAUGUUGCUAAACUAAACAAUCAUCGGGAAGUACUAAAACUGCUUGAAAAGGAUGCAUUUCUGUAAAUUGGAAGAUGGCUUGAAAAGGACGCAUUUGUGUAAUAGGGUGUGAUUUUAUAAUGCCCAUGUAUUUUCAUGAACGAGAUUCUUGACGUGCCAAACUUGUUGAUGCCUUUCUAAGUCGUGUUUACUAUCAUGGGUUUUUUAAUACUUAAAUUCCAUAAACCGUAUAUUCCAGGAAUGUUUUACAUUUGCAUGUUUUCAUGAGUUGGAUUUGGCUGCUAUCUGACUUGUCUAAAUACUAAGACGAGUUGAUGAAUGGCAGAGAUGAUGCGAGUUUGUUC